AUGACAACCCCUAAUCAGAGCAUACUAACGCCAUACAUCAAGUCAUUAUUUUUAGAUCCGCCUAAUUUGACUCCUUCAGACUUGUCAAUGGUCUUGAAAUGUAUAUUUCGAGGAAUACCAUCAGACAUUCAAACAGCUGCUUUUCUUACAGCCUUACGAAUGAGAGGCUUGGACCAUGAACCAGACUAUGUUGCGGCAGCAGCAACUACCAUAUUAGAAUUUUCUACUCCUAUACCCUUAGAAUCGUUAGAUCCCAAGGGUUAUGUUGAUGUGGUUGGAACAGGAGGAGACGGACAGAACACAUUCAAUGUUUCGACAUCUGCAGCGAUAGUGGCUGCGGGCAUGGGAUUAUCAAUAUGCAAACAUGGUGGAAAAGCUUCCACGUCAAGUUCUGGAUCUGGGGACCUUCUCAAAAGCUUAGGUAUCGAUCUAAUGCAAGUGACACACAAUACAACUGCACAUAUAGUCAAGAAGUCCAAGUUUUGUUUUUUGUUUGCGCCAGUAUUUCACCCUGGAAUGGCACAAGUGGCUCAUAUAAGAUCGCAGUUGGGGGUCCCUACUAUUUUUAACAUUUUGGGACCGUUGAUCAAUCCGAUUCCCUUACGAGCAAGAAUUUUAGGAGUAUACAGUGAAAAGUUAGGGGAGUCAUAUGCAAAAGCUGCUUCGGCUCUAGCCCUUGAAAAUAAAAUCCACGAGAGAACUAUGGUUGUUUAUGGAGAAGUCGGACUCGACGAAAUUUCUCCUAUAGGUUCAACAAAGUGUUGGAUAAUUGAAUCUGACGGAUCCAUAACGAGGCUAUCUAUUUCUCCUGAAGAUUUUGGGUUACCAGAACAUCAGUUGAAUGAAGUGAAGUCUGGUUCGCCUGAAGAGAAUGCUAGUAUAUUGCUACAUAUUUUACGCCAAGAUUCACAUAUAUACAAACUCCAUGAGUCGGAGAAGGGUAAUCACCCCAUUGUUGAUUACAUUUUGUUGAAUAGUGCUGCGUUGGCCGUUGUAUCGGGUUUGUCAAAGUCUUGGGCAGAGGGAGUAAAGUUGGCGAAAAAUUCCAUCACUUCAGGAGCUGCAUUGCAAUCAUUAGAGGAUUUCAAGAGCGCCAUCAGUGAGGUAUCUUAG